UCUGAGUAUAAAGAACCUAUAUUUGUUAUUCUAUGUGAAAGUUUGUUUAAUGUUUAAUUUUAUUUUUAUUUUUUUGGAAUGAAGGGAGCUGUUGGGCAUUCUCUGCAAUUGGUGCGGUGGAAGGAAUAAAUAAGAUUGUAACGGGCGAUCUGAUUUCAUUAUCAGAACAAGAGUUGGUGGAUUGUGAUACAUAAUAUAACCAAGGAUGUAAUGGAGGACUUAAUGGACUACGCCUUUGACUUCAUCAUCAGUAAUGGAGGGAUCGACUCCGAAGAGGAUUACCCUUACCUAGGUGUUGAUGGUAGAUGUGACCAAUACAAGAAAAAUGCUGAAGUUGUUAACGAAGAUGUUCCGGCCUACAAUGAGAUAGCCUUAAAAAUGGCCGUUGCAAAUCAGCCCGUGGCAGUAGCUAUUGAAGGAGGGGGCAGGGAAUUUCAAUUAUAUGUAUCUGGUGUAUUUACUGGUAGAUGUGGAACAGCACUAGAUCAUGGUGUCUUGGCUGUUGGAUAUGGUACAGAUAAGGGUAAAGAUUAUUGGAUCGUAAGGAAUUCAUGGGGUUCUAGCUGGGGAGAGGAUGGGUAUAUCAGAUUAGAGAGAAACGUGGUUUCAGCUAGAUCAGGCAAGUGUGGAAUUGCAAUUGAGUCAUCUUAUCCCAUUAAGAAAGGUCCAAAUCCCCCUAAUCCCGGACCAUCACCCCCUUCACCCGUCAGCGCGCCAAAUGUUUGUGACAAUUACUAUAGCUGUGCCGAUAGUGCCACUUGUUGCUGUAUAUUCCCAUAUGGAAAUUUCUGCUUUGAGUGGGGUUGCUGCCCUGUUGGAGGUGCUACCUGCUGUGAAGACCACUACAGUUGCUGCCCUCAUGAGUAUCCAGUCUGUGACAUUAAUCGUAGACUUUGUCUGAAGAGUAAGAAUAAUCCAAUUGAAGUGAAGGCAUUGAGGCGUACUCCAGCUAAACCCCAUUGGGCCUUUGGAGAUACUAACAAGGUCAGCAGUGCUUAAGCAGUUAAAGGGAAUGUGUACGUGCAGAAGGAGCCGAUGCUGAAGUAAAGGGAAGAUGAAGGA